ACACAGCAGAGCAUCGAUUGGAAUUCGAGAUCAUCAAGACAAGCAGCGAAUCCAUCGCCAUGGGAGCGGGGAUGAAGCGCGCGAGGGAGGAGGAGCCAUUUGUGUCGCUGGCGCUGUCGCUCAGCACAGACUCCUCGACGUCCACCACGACGUCGGACAACUCCUCGACUGGUUCGCCGGCGACGGCGCCCAGGAAGAGGACGCGGCGGGGGAGAGCUGUGGCCACGUCAGGGGAGGGAGAGUUCGUCUGCAAGACUUGCGGCCGGGCCUUCGAGACGUUCCAGGCGCUCGGCGGGCACCGGACCAGCCACCUCCGCGGCAACCAUGGGCUGGAGCUCGGCGUCGGCGUCGCCAGGGCCAUCAAGAACAACAAGAGGAGGAUGCCGCAGGAGGACGAGCAGCAUCACGAUUGUCACAUCUGUGGGCUGGGCUUCGAGACGGGCCAGGCGCUCGGCGGCCACAUGCGCCGGCACCGCGAGGAGAUGGCGCUCACCGCCUCCAUCGACCGGUGGGUCGCGCUGUCGGAUCAGGUGGCGGCCGCCGACCGGCUGCCCGUCUUGCUGGAGCUGUUCGUCUAGCCUACUAGCUGGGUCUGUCAGUUUCUUAGCCAAGGACUUUACAUAUUAUCUCUUUAGAAUGAGAAAGGUUAAUUGAUCGACCUUGUAAUUACGAACUUACAGUUAUACUAGUACCAUAGCAUAGACUACUUCUUAGCUCUGGUUAGUUUUGUUAACUGAUAAACCACUUGGGAUUUAUACAUGCACUUGUACUUCCUCCGUUCUUAAAUAUAUACGUCUUUUUAGAGA